GGUGGUGCUCAGAGAAAGGAGUGGGAAGGACUGUUUUGUGCGCCACUGCACUACAAACUUGACGGACGUACAUGAGGACAGCGCACCGAUAACUUAUCUUAUUGCUGGGCUGGUGGGAAAUUCAUAACACUUUGGAGGUUGAUUUGUGGAUUAUCUGCACCAGACCUCAACAUAGCUGUUUGCCAGACCACAAUGGCUGUGUACUCCAGACACCUGGAUUUCUCCUUGCCUUGACAAUACAGUUUACAAUUAACCGUGAGAAAGACUCAAACAUCUCAUAAUACUUAGCGUCAACCAGGAGUUUCUUUGUUAAACUGUUUCUGUUCCUGUUGAGUAUUAUAUCACUGAGUGACUUCAUCAGACAUCACCAUGCCUAUCCUCAAGCAGCUAACCUCGAACCAGUCCAAGCGUCGCUCCCGAGUCGACCUGACUGCAGAGAUGAUCAGCGCCCCUCUCGGGGACUUCAGACACACCAUGCAUGUGGGUCGUGGCGGAGAUGCCUUUGGGGACACCUCAUUCCUCAGUACCCGGUCUGGGGAGCCCCCUAAAGAACCAGCUCCAGAGGUGCAGCAGAGCUCCCCUGGACCUGUCCCCAAACCAGGCCUGCUGUCCCGAACCUUCAGGAGCAGUAAGCGCUCCCAGUCGGUGAACCGUGGCGAGAACGCGUUGGCUCCCCCUGGUGGCUCGCCAAACUUUGUAAAAAAUGCCAUCUCCCUGCCCUACCUCAACGACGAGGACGUGGGCAGGAUGGGCAGUAGUCCCCCGAUGCCCAAGAGCGUCUCCUCCAGCCCUCUGAAGAAGCUGCCCGAGGUCGAAGGAAUCAGAAAACCGGUCAACGGUGCCGCGGCCAUGGACCUGGAGUUCGAUGAGCGGAACUUCGGCGAACUGACUGACCUGCCACCGUCCCAUCUUCGAGGUGGUGGGAUGAAGCAUGCGGAAUCCAUCAUGUCGUUCCACAUCGACCUGGGUCCCUCUAUGCUGGGGGACAUCCUCAGCGUCAUGGAGAAGAAAGGCUGGGAGGAGGACGACCUGGGAUACGAGGAGGGGAAGGGCAGCGAGGGCCGUGGGUCACCCCCCCUCAGUCCUCCCACCACGGAGGACAAUCUUGAGGACCAGGUGGAUCUACAGCCGCCAGUCAGGCCCCCACGCAGCACCUAUCCCCAGCAGAAAAUCAUGGCAGACCCCCCCUACUCUCCUCCCAGGAACUACCACAGCCACCUGGACAGCUGCUCUUUUUCCUCUUCUGGCUCCGCCGCUCUUGAGGAGAAACCACUCCACCACCUGCAGGAGGGGGACACGGACAGCGCCAAGUACAGCUCUCCAGGUGUUGGGGGGGAGGAUGACAAAGACUUCUCCUUUAUGGAUGAGGACGAAGAUGAAAUCAGGGUGUGAAACAGAACAGGACUGUAACACCACCAACACAGAACGUGAUUUAUAAAGACACCAGAACAUGGUUUGCGAGGACACGGAUGGAGACUAGUAUUCUUCAUGAGUUUUCAAGCUAGUACAAGCCUGGGAGGGAAGGGUUGGUGCACCUACAUUUUUACAUAUGGAUCUAUCCAGAGAAUCUCUAUGUGCACACCUUAUUCUGCUUUACUUCCUGUAUUAGGAUUCAAUCACUCACCAUAUGUUACUGAGCCUUAUUCACUCCUGUGUGUGUGUGUGUUCUACAGUUCAUAGAAACAAAAUGCCUGUCCUAUGAGUCCUUUUACUCUAGCCAUUACGAAAUUCCACACACACACACACCGGUUAUUGGUUUGAGGGUUUCCUUUUGUAGAAAUACGAUCUGUCAUUAUGAUGAUCUAAUCCCACAGUUCCAAUAUGUCAUCAGUGUGUUUAUGCUUUAAGGGGGCACAUCUCAAGGAUCUCAACCCUCAUAUCCACUUAUAUCCAACAUGAACAUAUCCCACCCACGCCCCCAUUGUCUUUUCAUCCAGAGGAUUUCCCUUCCCUAACAUUCCUUAUAGCGCAUUAAUAAGGAAGGGAAAGCCAACCACCAACCAGCGGGGUCACUGAUCGUCACACUGAUCGUCACAUUCUUUAACAGCGGAAGUAUGGAGGUUGACCGAGGUCACUUUUGAUCAAACGGCAGUCCUCCUCGAGGGAGGUGUGACGCGUUAGGUGGAGGCCGGGUCAUACGAUGUAAUGGGAUGAAUGGUAUGUUUCUCACACAGCUUUGGAGGGGGGAAAUAAACUGAAGAACAGAAAAGUAUCCCAGGGUUUAGCUAGCGUAGCUGCAUAGCCUUGGGGCCUUGAAUUAAUUGAGUGUAGUGAGAUGCAGUUAAAAUAUUGGUUUGUUAAUGUUAUUUUUUUCUUAUUUUUUCCCCUACGUUUAUACAUUGUAUGCACAUACAUAAUUGAUAAGUUGGUCUUCUAGCAGGUUCUAAAUCAAUGUCACAACUUGGUGGAUCAUUAUUCUAACCAUUAGUCAGCUUUAGUGUCAACUGUUCACUUACAAUGGACCAGUUUUCUAAACAUGCUCUAUACAUACCCAGCACUCUGAUGUCAUAAAUGAGGCAAAAGUUUAAUUUGUUAGAAACUACUUAUUGGAUGUGCCCUGUUUUUUAAGUCACCAUCAUUUUGAUUUAUAGGGAGCUUUGUUAAAGUUAGGCAUGGAUGAACUAAAGAUCUCCAAAAUCCUCCCUAAGGUACUAUCCAACCCAGUGAGCCAAUUUAGGCCUUAGCUUUAGAGUUGUUUUGUUAGGCCAUGAGUCCAUGACACUUUGUUAGCUCAGAUCAAUGGACAUAGAAACAUAGAAACACACACAACACUGAUCUCAGUCAUAUAUCCCCUGCUAGCACUGCCAAGGUAUAGCAAGAUGGCUCACUCCCUAAAACACUAUUGUACAUAAAGAAUCACUUUUAUUUUAUUUUCAUGUACAUUUUUUUCUAUUUUUUUUGUUUUGCUUGACUUAUUAUUAAGGACAAAUGUACAUUUUGCUAAAAAAAUGUGCCCUUUUUUGUUGCCGCUAUCGUGUCCACUAGCACUUUUUAUUGUACAUAUGUUUUAGAAACUGAUUUUUAAAAGACAAUUUACAGGAGCAGAGAACGUGGUUGUGAACGAGUGGUGACCGUACAGUAGUAGACUGUCAUGUCUACAGAUGUAGGAUCUUAAUUUGAGCCAGUUUGCUACAAAUAAUCCUGCAGCAACAGGAAAUGGGAAUUACAUUAGGAAAUGUGGAUUAUAAUUCAUCUACAUUUUUGUAGGGGUUGAUACAUUUUUAAUAAGGGAAAAUCAAGUCUGACAUUUCAAAGUGGAAAUUAAACUUCAAAGCCUUUUUAAACCUUGAAUACACUACAACUUUUACAUUUCCUGUAUCACAGGAAAGUUCUACAACAGGGUGAUCUAAUUAAGAUACUAUAUCUGUAUGUGGUCAUCUCUUGCCCCACACACACCACAGGCUUGUAGGAUCAGCAGGUUAGGAGCAAGAGGAGAGACGUCUGAAUGGAGGAGGAUAUAAGUAAUAAGAGAACACUAGUGAUAAGUGACUGUUACCCACCUCUCUCCAUUGCGUCAUGCAGGCCUGGGCUACCGUAGGAGAAGAUUCAAUCAACACCAUCUGGCUUCACUCCACCCUCUCAUUCAUAAACAUAUUUGGCUGAUUGGUCGGUAACUGACCCAACGACUCAUCCAUUCAUGAGUCACAUGUCUGGGAAUUGUGACAGGUCAGGUACACCUGUUUAGUUUCUCCUACAGUUGUGCAUCCCAAAUGGCACCCUAUUCCCUAUAUAGAGCACUACUUUUGACCAAGGCCCAUAUAGCAAAUAGGGUUCCUUUUGAGAUGCAUGCAGUGUGACUAGGUCCCCCCCCUCACUCACAUUCAUUCAUUUGGUCAGAUUAUGAUCUCAUCUGUUAUGGUAAAGCAGGAAGUACCUGCUCAAUCCUUCCUGGAUCCCUGAGUAAUCUAUUGCCUUUAUGCCUGUGAAAGGAAAUUAUAUUUGUGACACUGGGGGAGCACUGUUCUUGUUUCCUGUUAUGGCGUUGGUUGGGUGAGGGAGGGAGGGGAGGGGGGGGCACACAUUAUCCUAUGGUGUUGAAGUGAGGGUAGGGACAAUUCCAGGAUGCGACAUCACUCAGCCAUGUGUUCAUGCUAUGUAUGACAGUUCCAUGUGUACAUGUCUGUAUUAAAGAGAUCAGUCGAGUUCAUUGAUUAAAAUGACCAGAUGUAAAUGUGCCAAUUAUGUAAUAGUCAACCUUUUGACAUUUUGAUUUUUGAAUGACACAUUUACAGGCUACAGCAGUAUAGGCUACAUAGGCUAUAUAGGCUACUUACGAUAAUUCUCAGGCCUCUCGCACUGUUCAUUUGUAAAUGGGUCAAAUUUGGGAUUGCUUUGUUAUUUGAAACUCUGUUGCUUGUUCCAUUUGUUGUAGAAUUUGUCCAUAGAAAGUGGGUUGAGCUGCUGUAAUCUCUUAUCUGUUCUUACCCAAUAUGGGGAUAUUUUCAUCUGUCAAAACACUCCUUCCUUUUCACCACCAUGUUAUUUGCUGCUGAUGAGAAGUAGUUAAAUACUAAUUGUAUCAUCUAUGAAAAAUGGUGACUAUUGCUAUGUUUCGUUAUAGGCAUUAUGGCAUAGUGACGCUAAUGUAAGAGCCAUCAGAAGGUAAAGUGGCUUUCAACUGCAAGCGGAUUUCAGUGUCCUGGCCUGAUGCCUGAGGUAAAAAGGGGAAAGGAUUGUUCUUUUUCAGUCUCAGCUGUAGAAUGUUACAUUUUAUUUUCCUUCUGUGGCUACAGUUUUUAUGCCAAGUAUGUGCUAUUUUUCUUCUUUCUCUCGUUCUACUGUAUAUUAAUAUAUAUUUACCUCCCUCACUCUUCCUCUUCUGAAAUAACAGCUAUAUUUUUCAAUAAAAAGAGAAAGCUGGUAAUCUUUA